AUGGUUUUUCACGAGUGGUAUUUUCCUGAUAGCUCUGACAAGCUCAAAUCAGCGAAAAAACUCAUCUGUCCAUCAAUUUGGGGUUGUACUGGAGAAAUGUCAAUUGAACAAUUUCGGCGAAUUAUCAUUUCUAUGUGGGCUUUACUCACGGUUUCGGGUAUUUUGGUUCUCACAACUGCUAUCAAGCUUCCUUAUGGUGGCGGCGUUGCCCCUGCUGCGACAUAUAUUGUCACUGCAACGGGGACGAUUAUUCUAGGACUCAUUGUCUGUGGAUUCGGGACGAGUAUGUACUCAGCUCAGAACAAAGACAGUGCAGAUAUGACUGUCAGAAAGGGACUCUUUUGCAUGACGACUAUACUUUUCCUUUUUGCGGACUCAAUCAGCAUUUGCUUCUCUUUCAUCAUCGCUGUUUUCUCCUUCGACCCAUUUUUCCUAGCUUUGAAUUUGCCUCUGUUUGUUAUUUUACUCGUACUUUUCGUGCUGGCACUCGUCACUCUCAUCAAACAGACAUGCUGCCUGUGGAAUAAAAACGAUCGAGAGUGGCUAGAGAAGAAUGAAAUUACCAAUGAAAGCGACGGUUCUGGACAAGGAAUCAACGAAGAGAAAAAUUUUGAAUGA